CGCUCAGUGAAAGCUAACGUUGCUUGCCCUCCCGGCCCCUCUGUCAUUCCUAGCUCCUUCAUUCCCUCACUCAAUUUUUAAAUUAACCAGUUGUGCUGUGGCUCGUCAUCCCGAGCGACCAAGGCACUCUCGGGAAGGUCCAAACAAGAAGAACCAGGCAUUUCGAGUGCCAAGGGAAGACAGUCCCGGAAAGUGACAUCACGACUCACAAGGUCUCGCCCUUAAGGGCGCGAGCGACGCGUAAAUACAACGUCAUCCGGGCGCCAGCCCCGGGGCCUGACGGGAUUGUGGCGGUCUUCUUUUCCUAUUCGGAAGCGGCCUCUACCUCCGGACGCUCUCAAGAUGGCGACCUCUCUGGGUUCCAACACCUACAACAGGCAGAACUGGGAGGAUGCGGACUUCCCCAUUCUGUGCCAGACGUGUCUUGGAGAAAACCCAUAUAUCCGAAUGACCAAAGAAAAGUAUGGGAAGGAAUGCAAAAUCUGUGCACGGCCAUUCACAGUAUUUCGCUGGUGCCCUGGGGUCCGCAUGCGUUUCAAGAAGACUGAAGUGUGCCAAACCUGCAGUAAAUUGAAGAAUGUUUGUCAGACUUGCCUCUUGGACCUUGAGUACGAUAAAGAGUUGAGAGCUAUUGUGAUCAAGAAAUUUGCUCAAGAUCACAAAGCUCUUGAGAAGCAGGGCCAAGAUUCAUGUCCAGGCUUCUGUCCUGAGUACAGGCCUACAUCAGACACCAUGCUGCCUCCAACCAACUGA